AUGAGUUCCCAAAAUAGCCUGCCCAAUGCUUCCCUGAGCUCCAAUCCAGUCGCAACAAGCACCAAGUCCAGCUCGGUCCGAUCGCGUCCACGUCGCCUGGUCUCCUUCAUGGACGAUGAAGAUGACACCGCUGUCAACAAGGCCUCUCACUCAGCCUACGAUGGGUCGCAACAAUCCUCCACGGGCCUCUCGACCACUCUAUCGACAAUGGACACUGGAACCACACGAUCGCGCGGUGCCACGCCCUCCCCGCUGUCAUCGCGCGGUGCCUCGCCGUUGCCGAUGAAACACCCAUCCCGCGUCACGGAAUCCAGCCUCCGCGGUCGGAACGAGUCUACAUCGCUGGGGUGGAAUGGUGUCUCAAAAGUGUCAUCAUCACGGGGAGCCACGGAUUUCCUGGACUCUCCGUGGUCAUCACUCCAGAGUUUGGCGUCAUCGGUGUUAGGGAGCGACACGGGACGAAAUCAAUACAAUAAUGCGGCCAAAAGCCACACUCGGAGGAAGCCAUCGCGAUCAGACGUAUAUAUUCGAAGCAUUCCAAGGUCGCAGCCCUCGAACUCGGCGUGGGGCCCUUCCGCACCCUCCACCCCAGAUAUCGGUGUGGGAACUAAAGAGGAGCGCCAGGCGCUAGUGCAAGCGAAGAAACGGGAGGCGCUUCUACUGGCUGAGUGUGAUCCGAUAAUGAACCGGAGUUCUCGACACAAGCGACGGGAUUCUGGCGAUUAUCAUGACCAGCAGCCAAUUGAACCAGAGCAGGAAGAGGAGGCGUUGGCGUAUAUCCACCCUGUCGCCGCUACGGAUAGUAUUACAGGAGUGACGAUUAAAUACGGCUGCCAGGCUGCUAUAUUUCGGAAAGCAAAUGGUUUCUGGCCGAAUGACAACAUUCAAAGCAGGAAGACGGUUCUGCUUCCAGUGGACGCGUGCACUGUCAAGGGAAGACCAAUUCGACCGGCGUCAAAUGUGGAUCUCCUGAGCAACGACGCUGAAGACCCAUCUGAUAGCUCCAUUGCUCCUGCUGCGACGGAACGGCCCUCGACAGAUGACAAUCCUCCGGACUCGUGUGACGCAGAGCGCAAUCGUAUCUGGAAACACGAGUCAUGGGUACAAAUAGAGGGAUUUCCGGCCGCGAUAGAAAUUGGCCGCGUUCCUCGAAGAUCCCUUGGAUUUUUCCCUCGCACACGUCGGAAAUCUGUUUCAUAUACAGAUGCAGAGCCAGUCUCUAGCUUCUCGCAAGAUUUGACUCGAUCUCCAUCUCCAGCUGGAUCGCCCCAAGUCAGCCUUUCGCAGGGAAUACUGCCGCGGAUUCGAACCAACAAGGACAACUCCAAACCCAGUGGCGCAUAUCCUGGUCGUCCGCAGCACCGUCGUCAACGCAGCAGUCUACACCUCUCUGGAACCGGAGUCGGCUCCCUCGACCGCAGCUCGACCGCCCCCGGAUCAGCCAUGGAUGGUCUGAGCAAGUUCUUCUCGCAACACAUGCCUCUACUCGCACCCCCAACCCCUCCCCCAAACCUCCGGAGAUCUUCAUUUGGCUCCGAGUCAACCGUCGCCUCAAACGCAUCAGGCCUCGAAAACAUCGGCGGUGCCCUCGAGGGCUGGGUUCGGAAAGUCGCGGCACGCACGAAAGCUGGUAUCAACGAGUUACAGCAAGGCUCCCCGAACCAGCAAGCAGCGGACCGAGGCCGGAGCACAGGACUCUGGGGUGUAGGAGACCUGAUAGAAAUGGACGAUACCUCCGAAGGCCGCCAAUCCCCUAGUCCUUUGGGCACGCGGCGCACCGAACAGCAAAACACCUCUUCAUCCUCGUCAUACCGAGCAACCACCACAUCUGCAUCCGCGACGAGCAGGUCUCGCGCAACGGGGCUGGGUUCGGGACCGAGUGGGUAUGGCGAUCGAGAAAAGGACGAUUGA